ACCCUGAAGUUCAGCACUACUUUCUGCAUUUUUAAGCAUGCGAGGCAAAAAUUCAGCACUCUUUCUGGGUCACUGACCCUGCAUCCACCCCCACAGUUUGGACUGGGCACCCCUCCCCAACCCCAGCUCCACCAUUGUAACAAUGGAAUGGCACACAUUGCUUCUGUAAAGUGACAGCCUUCACAUACUUGGUGGCUUUUCAGAGAUGCGUACCCUUGAUGGCCUGGGAAGUUUCAUGAGUGUUCUUAAAGUGAACACGAAGAUCUGAAUCUCCUGAUUUGCAUAAUUUUGUGGGGUUUUCCAGGUCAAGUGAAUAGAGAACCAUUUUGAGAGAUCACCUCAGGCCGCUUAUGGGAAGAGCAAAUAUUCUUAAUAAACCUGAUUUUAAUGGAUAUAUGAUAUACCUUAUUAUGAAUGUGCCAUAACUUAUAUUAGUCUCCAAGAAUAAUCAUUUAGAUGAUUUCCUUUUUUUAAUAUUAUAAAGCGAUGAUAAACCCUUUAUAUAUGUAUGUAUGUAUAUAUAUAUAUGUAUUGCCCUUCUGCAAUGUAGUGUACUUUGGGAAGAAUCCCUUUUAGUUCUAUAUAGUUCUUCAUCUUUGAAUUAAUUAGAGAGACACCGAUCAACCUUUCUUUAUGCUGUGCUUGAAGAAAUAAUGAGCCCGAGUUUGUAAAAUGCUUUGAAGUAGCUAGAUGAAAGGGUCUGUGUAAAUCACAACAGUAAUAGCCCUGCCAGACUGGUUAAGCAAGUUAGCUGUCACUACACUUCUCUCCUACAUUCCAAUAUAGGGCCACCACCCACCUGUCUCACACAUCCCCCAACACUGGUCAACAAUUUUGCACGUUGCUUUCAAAGGGGUUGCUGACCCCUACGUGUAAACAACAUCACCAUGGGCAUUCAGUGUCCUGCCUGGUACUGAAUACACUUCCCACAGAGUACAGAGCUAAGGGAAACUGAGAGAAUUUAGUCCAACAUCCCUUUCUGCAAGGCCAGACUCUCAGGGAGGUUAAAUAACUUUGCCUAAACAUUUUUUUAAGAAGAUGCAUUUUCCAACGUUCGUCCUAUUUCUUAAUGGCAAAUAUACCAAGUGACAUGUUCUGUUAAAUCUGCAUGCUUUUAAAGAAAUGAAUAUUAAAAAAUAAUGUUUUCUAUUGGGAAGGAAGAUCUGCCUGCAUGGUCAAUAACCCACAGAGCCUAAACCAGAUAAGAGUAAUUAUUAACAAACUGAUAAACAGGUGCAUAUAAUAUAUAUGUGGUAAAUUGUCUCAUAUUACCUAGAGAAAAUCCUGAGAAUUAUAUAAUGAUUUUUGAGAGGAUAGCCCAUAACCAAAAUAGGAAUCGCUUCGUAUAGCAACAUUAUCUUGAAAACUCCUUAGUACCUACAGGCCCAGUGCAUGUGCAAGGCACUUAGUUUAAUCUCAUCGUUCCCCAAGAAAAAUGGCUUUCUUCAGUCAUAUGCAUCACAACCAAGAACAGGACAUUUGGUAUUCAUCAACGAUGUUCUUCCAGAGCUCCUUCAGAUGGCUUCUCUCGAUUACAAACUGUUUUGGAAACUCCGAAUUCUUUCCACUGAUUCAGCCAUAGCCUCUUAACGAAUUUAUAAACCGCUGUGAUUUAGCAGCUCCAGGAAGUUAGAGGAUAAUGUUGUGGAAUUUGCUCAUUCUUAGAGCAAACUCUUUCUGCUCUUUACUGUCUUGGGACCGUCUUCUACUUUCUUUGCUGAAAACAGGUUCCCCCAAGGGACCUUGAAGUCUUUCAAAGCCACAAUGCAAAAAACAUCAGUGUGGCUUCUCCUCAGUUUAGCCUAUUCUUUAUCCAGUGCAAGGAGACAAGGAGAAAGGCAUGCCCCUGUCCCCUAUUUCCAAGAUGACAUCAAUGUCCUCUCUCAGGGGCUUCUACAGCUUGGAGUGGAGCUCAAGAUGCAAGUGAUCUUGAGCAAAAAUCACAUCGGCCACCUGUUUAAACAACUGGACUCUCUGAAUACCUCUUUAGUUGAGCUUCUAAAUCACGUCAGCCAGCAGGAGGGAAAGAAAGAGGACCUGGAGAGGAGAGCUGAGCAGCUCGACAAGAGGAAUGAAGACCUCCAUCAGCUGGUUGCUGAGCUCCAGCAGCAGAUGGUUGCCGGGAUAAAGGACAGAGAGAAAUUCAAUGAGAGGCUAAACUUGCUGGAGCAGAAGAUGGAGGAUGCUGUGUUCUUCAAGGCAGGUGGGCUUCCUCUGACAGAAGUGAUGGGCGACAUUAUGCCCUUUUUGCAAAGACAGACCCAAAGAAUUGAUGAGCUAUUUGCGGAAGUGGAAAUGCAGCAAAACCAAUUGCGCAAACGAAAUACCCUCAUUAAAAGGCUACGGGAAAAGGUUAAAUCAAAGCACAAACUCACAAAGGAAACAGUGAAAAAUGGAAAGAAAACCCCUGAUGUGUAGGGUGAAGAGAAUGUUCCGUCUUCAGGAAUCAGCAAGGAAAACGGAGCAUGAAUCCUGUUCUAGGGCACAAGUCAGAGUCCACACAAGGCUGCCUGUCCUGGGAAAUGGCACAAGAUUAGAAGGAGGCGCUGGGGGUGUUGUCCUGAGCAGCAGCUUGCCCCUUAGUAACCCCUGCUCUGUGGGCCAGGCUGCAAUGUUUUGUGUAAAUGCUGGCUCUGUAUUCUGAACAUCAGGGACCUCUAACCCCGCCCCCGCAACAAGCAAAUGCAGUUAAGUAGCUGGAGACAAAAUGUUACCCAAAUUGUUUAGAAACACUACAAUAAAUGACCCAAUAUUCUCUCUCUCUCGUCAUGUUAUGUUUUUAAAAAUGCACUCUAAAACAGAAAUCAAAUGAGAGCAAGAGAAACAAAUAGAAAGCCAGCAAACUCUUAUACUUGUUAUUACACCACUUUUUAAAGAUUUUGAAGGGAAAAAUAAUCCAUUCUUUCCCAAUUGAUGAACUACAAUUUGAACAUCCGAUAUGGUGUCUUGAACAACUAUGGAUAUUGAACAACUAUUACUAAUAAUAAUUUGUCUUUGAACAUGGACUACAUGCUCACAUAUCCUAUAUUUUCAGAGUACCUCUUCCAUUACCUCAAUUUCCACCCCUUCUUCUUAUGAGAAAGGUAACAAUUCCUCUUAAGAAAGGGCUUGGAAAAUCAGCAUUCCUCCUGUUAAAUAAAGCAGGACCUCAAGCUGGGGCAAAGAGAAUGUUCCCUUUUAGAAACAGGUAAAAGUACCUGAACUCUCCUUAAAAUCCACUCACUUGUUUAAGAAAAGUCCAACUACUUUUCAAUAGCAAAAGACCCAAUAGGAAAGUUGGGAUGUUUUUAGGUCUUAUCUGGAUCAGAUUCACAGUGAAAAGAAUCACAAAUACAUAAACAUUUGAAACCUGCUGUGGAAAACUGACUACUUUAAGAAAAAGUAAAUCUCUAGGCCCUGCCGGGGUAGCUCAGUUGGUUAGUGCAUCGUCCAGAUACACCAAGGUUGCAGGUUCAACCCCCAGUUAGGGCACAUGAAAGAAACCAGUAAAUGUAUAAAUAAGUGGAACAACAAGUUGAUGUCGAUC